UAUAAGUAAUAACUCACAAUAUUGAUUAUUAAGGAACAAUGGGGGUUGAACCGAAUACCUCUGACAGAAGGCCGUCUCCUCGAGAACUUAGUCGUCUGUCCCGUCUAAUCAACCCGUCCCGCAUUGAGGCGUUCUUUUUGGAGCUUGGGCUUUCUAUGCUAGAUAUUGAGGACACAGAAUGUGAGUCCUACAACUUGCCAAGGAUCACACGCAUUACCAAGCUGUUUCUUAAAUGGACAAUUGCCUAUCCGAAUAAGACGAUCCAUGACAUCCAGCAAGCUAUGGAGGCGGUUAAUAUGGCGACUGACCGUAUCAACGACGUACUAGGAACAGACGAGGAAUCCCAGGUUCAAGGUAUGGUGCCAUUGGAGGUUUGGAAUAGAGUCCCAUCUGAGGAUGAAAUAAGGAAAAUCGUAGAAAACAUCGACAAAAUGUACUUCAACAUGUGCCUGGAGCUCGGAUUGUCACCCCCAACCAUAGCGCAAUGUGAACUUUGUCAUCCUACCUUCGGGACAAGAAUGAGUGCUCUCCUUCGGUGUUGGAUAGACAGAUACCAGACAGAGGCAACCAUAGGCAGGUUGCUGACAGCCAUGAAGGUUUGUCAGAUGGACUGGCAUACAACAUGCUAUGAGAGACUAAUGAUGAUCCAGUGUUAUGAGAGAUUGAUGAUGAUCCGGUGCUAUGAGAGACUGAUGAUGAUCCAGUGCUAUGAGAGACUAAUGAUGAUCCAGUGUUAUGAGAGAUUGAUGAUGAUCCGGUGCUAUGAGAGACUGAUGAUGAUCCAUUGCUAUGAGAGACUAAUGAUGAUCUGA